AUGCGCGCGUUCGACGUGCUCCCGCGCGCGCGGGCGACGCCGGCGCGCGCGCGACGCCUCGAGGGACGACGUGGAGAAUGUCGAAGGAAUCCUCGGGAUGCGCGGGUGAUGGUGCCGCGCGCGCGACGCCUCGCGCGUCGCGCCGAGGGCGAGAACGCGGAUGGACGCGGUGGGAAAGGGUUCAUCGGUGGAUUGCUCGUCGGUGGCGCCGUGUUCGGCGCGCUCGGGUUCUUAUUCGCGCCGCAGCUCAGUAAGACGUUGCUGGGGGGGAAGCGCGCGCUGAGCAAGGCGCUGGACGAAGAGAGCGAGGACGAGCUCGAGUCGACGCGGCGGAACUUGAACGAGAAGAUCGCGGCGUUGAAUUCGGCGAUCGAUAACUUCAGUAGCGAGGCGGAGAGCGGAAUAGAGAAGACGGUGACCAAGCUGGGCGAGGAGCUGAACGGGUUGUCGGGGUCGGGCGAGGCGUCUCCGCGCGCGGGGCCCGAGGCGAGAUAG